CCGGGGAGCCCCAGGCUGUCACCGGUCCCUCCCAGCCGACCCCCUCCGACCGGCCAUUUGGGUUCUCCCAGGCCACCCAGCCUAGCUCUGCGGGCUCAGGGGCGGCCCCUUCCGGAGGGCGGCCUCCAGAAAAACCGAAGGUGUAUCAAGGUGUCCGUGUGAAGAUGACCGUGAAAGAACUGUUACAACAAAGAAGGGCACACCAGGCCGCCUCAGGGACAACCCUGCCAGGAAGCAGCAGUAUCCACCUUCCAGACCCCACCGUGCCAUCGCCUGCAGGACUGUAUUUUGAGCCUGAACCAAUGUCUUCCACACCCAGUUAUUUUCAACCCCGAGAAUUUUCCACCUGUGUCUCUUGUGAGGAAACUCCAAGCUGCCUCGAUCAGAUCUUUGAGUCCUACCUUCAGACAGAGGCACUCCCGGAGCCUUUGCUCAACUCCACACAAAGUGCUCCCCACUAUUUCCCAGACAGCUGUCAAGUGGCCCCUUUCUGCUAUAACCAGAGCCUGACUCCAGGGUCACCUUCGGAUUCCUCCAGUCUCUCUGGCUCCUUCGACUGCGGCUACUCACCAGCUCAGCUGCCCUCCAACGCUCCAGAAAAUCCCACCUCGUCCCCUUCUCUGGAGUCCCUACACUACAGUGUCCCAGAAGAAGGCUACUCCUGCCACCACUGGCCUUCCCACACCCAGCACAACCACUUCUCCCCAGCCGCCCCCUCCGCCUGCUACUGUGCAUCCUGUGAGGCAGAACAUUUGGAUGCUCUCAGAACCACGGAGUUCUUCUACUCCAGCACAGACUGUGUGGACUUUGCCCCCCUGGAAGCCACCCCUGGCGAUUUCUAUCAGAGAGAAACCAGCUGGGAUGCCUGCUACAGUUAGUAGAAACCACACUGGCAUGUGCCAUGGGUGUAUCUGUUUCUCUACCGCGUCUAGAUGACAC